AUGAUCAAAGAUAGUCAAGACUUUGCGAAAGUCGAAGCCUUGAAGCUGUUCGACGAUGGUGUCCUCCGUAUCCCAAAAUGGCAAUCGCCGCUGAGGUUCUCGUUUGAGCUGCAUUAA